GAUUUCACACGUGAUAUCACGCCGUCCAGUUUGUGGUACGCGGUCCGUCUUAGUGCCAUUGUUUUCGUUGCAUUGGCUCGUACAUUCGCGCGGCGUCUUUAUGCAGAGUACGUUCUAGCGCCCGGCUCGAACAUCCCCUGAGAGCCUUCGCCUGGGGAACUGUCUCCAGCAGGCCGACAUGGUGAACGAGCAAACGCCGCUCCUGGCGAAGUCUUGCCGGAGGAGAUCGAGCGUGGAGGAAGGCCAGGCCCUAGCAAGGACGAUAUCACCCACGCAUUGGCUCGCUCCGGACGCAGGCACGCAAGUAAACAGCGAGGACAUCACGUCACAGAGCAAAGAUGCACCAUCUGACACGCCGUACCUGAUCGAUCUGACCCCAGGCCAGUUCUGGACCAUGUACAUCCCUAUUCUGACCGUCUACUUUGUGGCCACAUUCGAUAGCACACUUAUGGCAUCGAGUCACCCCGUCAUCACGAGCUACUUCCACUCUUCCAACUCGGCCUCGUGGUUGAGCACGGCGUUCAUGUUGACGUCCACGACGUUCCAGCCGCUGUACGGACGCCUCUCUGACACCUUUGGACGGAAGAUCUUGUACGUGUUUGCGCUGGCCGUGUUCGGAGCGACGACGGCCUGGUGUGGUCUCGCGCAAAGUAUGUCCAGCUUCAUCAUCGCGCGGGCAUUCUGCGGGCUGGGCGCCGCAGGCAUUACAGGACUGGCCUCUAUUAUCACAAACGACCUGAUAAAGAUUGAGCACAGGGGCGUCUAUCAAUCUUACAUCAAUAUUUUCUACGGCCUAGGAUCAGCCUGUGGGGCAGCCUUUGGGGGCUUCCUGUGUGACAGACUGGGCUGGCGCUGGGCGUUUGGCAUCCAAGUUCUGCCCAUUGCGUUAAUUCUAUUCGUGGGUAUUCUGACGGUGCCCGGCGAUCUGGGCCCGGCCUUAGCGAAGAACUCCGGCCAGAGGUGGUACGAGAAUUUCCGAGAUUUUGACGUCGCCGGGUCUCUCCUGAUGAGCACGACGACGACAUGCCUCAUCCUCGGUUUAAACUUGGGAGGCAACGUUCUGCCCUGGAGGCAUCCUGUGAUUAUAGCGUCUCUUGUUCUCUCCAUAGUUUCUAGCAUCGCGCUCGUCGUCGUUGAGCGUAAAGCUAGACUACCAGUCAUGCCCUUGGGCCUGCUCAGCACGGUCCCAAAGGCCAACCUCCUGUUCUCCAACUUCUUCGCCCAGAUCGGCAUAUUGACCGUCAUAUUCAACGCCCCUCUGUACUUCCAAGCGGUGAAGCUCGAUUCUGCUUCCGUGUCAGGCUUCCGACUGGCGGCCCCAUCCUUCAUCCUCACUCUUUGCGCCGUUUCGACCGGAUUCUUCAUCAAUGUAACUGGCCGUCUCAAAGUGUCUCAAAUAGUUGGUGCUGUGUCGAUGCUCCUUGGCAGCAUAUGCCUCUCUUCACUUUGGAAGGGGAUUCCGACGUGGUUGGUCACCAUUUUCGUAAUACCCCCAAGCAUGGGGCAGGGCUUCAUGUUUCCUGCCACGACAAUGUCGUUGCUGGCCAUAAGUAGCAAGGCCGAUCAGGCGGUCGUCACGGCUGCUCUUGGCGUUUUCCGAAGCCUUGGCUCGGUCAUGGGCGUUGCGAUCAGCAGCCUGAUACUGCAAAACGCUUUGAUCGCGUACCUCGAACAGUUUGUGACAGGUCCAGACAAAGCUGAGAUCAUUCAACGAGUACGGAAAGAAGUUCGGGCGAUCUUCGACUUGGACAGCACCCAUCGAGCUCAAGUCAUACAAGCAUACGAGGCCGCGCUUCGAUGGGCCUUCGUUUCUGCCAUCAUGUUUUUUAUUGUCGUCAAUCUGCUCAUUUAUCCAAUCAAACUUCCGAGACUUGGUCGAGAUAAAGUUGCCGCGGACGCCGAUGGCACCGUCGAAGACUAGUCAUAGGGCUCCAUCAGCUUAUUGGCCUCGACCUUUUCUGCGAAUCCCUCGAUGUGACUGCUGUGUGCCCAUGGCUUAAGCUCAAGCUCUCUGCGAAUGGUCUCCGCGAAACAUGACGUCCACUUAUUGCGUGGGUAUGCUUUGACGACCGAUUCAAUGGUCUCCUUGUGGACAAGCUGCGGAUGAGCCCCUGCAUUAUCUGGCUUGGCAUUAGAACUCUCAUAGAAGUCGAGACCACUAAAGACAUUACCCAGAAGAGUGGUGACAUGUAUGAGUCCGCUGACAGCGGUCUGCGUGCCCGUCUCGCCAACGUCCUGGUGCCGGAUGAUAGUCUCUCCCACUUGCUCAACCAGAUCCUCGCUUGCACCUGCACCUCUUAAAAUCUCCAUGGCAAUCAUGGCACCCUUGAACUCGAAACUCAUCUUGGUGCUGGCUAUGUUUUCGUCUGUGGUGCCGAUGUCAUGAAGCAUGCACGAGGCGAAGUACGUCUCGGUGAAAUACGGCAGCUCAAGGAGAUCUGGAAAGUGCUGUGUUGCGAUUAUGUAGCCGUACAAAUAGAUCCGGACACUGUGGUUGAAGGUCUUGGGACUCAGCUUCUCUCGCGCGUAUUCAAGAAGUCUUUGGGAGACCGAGUCCGAUGGCAGAACCAGUGUUGCGGCGUCGAAUGGCUCCGAGGAGCCAGCUGCGGAUCGUACGAAGACGGAACUGUCUCGAGGGACAGCUUUCCAGCCGUACGCUCCGUCCUGGGCAAGCGACAUUAUGCUCGCCGUAGCUAUUGCGGCUUUUCUCGCGCGGCGAUGCAGAAUCACAGCCACACGUUUCGAGAGCUCGAAAUCAAAGCUUAAAUAGUGACGACGUGUAAAGUCAUGGGCACCAAAAUGUUGUUCACUAAACUUUCUAACAUCGACAUGCAUAAUGCUUUCAUGGCUAUCCUAAUUUAGUAAGCCUUUAGUUAACAGACGCGCCCUUUUGUUUUCUUAAUAAUCUCCGUUUGACUCCGCAGGCGGAUUUGGCACGUAGCUCGCCCAGUCGGAAUUGGUAAGCAAGGCUUUUGGCCCUGGCAGCGCUCAGAAU